AUGGAAGUUCAUUUCAGUAUCAUUCAACCAAGGAGACCUGUCAUUGCUACUUUUGGAGAGGACACGAUCCUGCCAUGUCAGCUCGGAAAUGGAAGAAUACCUGAGAGCACUAACUUCAAGAUCCAGUGGACAUUUUCUACCCCCUCAAAAAAAAUUGAACUGAUAUCCUAUGAUGGAAAAAUCAAGAAGGAAACAGAGAAUGAGAGCUAUAAGGGUCGAAUACAGCUCUUCAAUCAUGAGCAUAAGAGAGGGAAUAUGUCCCUGAAGCUGAAGCACAUCGUUCUGCCUGACCAAGGAAAAUACAUCUGCACAGUCUCCACUGAAAAGUGGCUUGAUGAGGUGGUCAUAGAGCUGCAUUUGAUAGCAAAAGGAGUAGAUCCCACCAUUACCCUGAAGGAUUACAAGGGCCAAGGAAUUGGACUCACUUGUGCCUCUGAGGGCUGGUAUCCAAAGCCCCAGGCUCUGUGGCUGAGCAGUAAGGGGAAAAACCGUACAGAGAAGGAAAUCACUACAAGCACUGAGAAUGCAGCUGGUACCUUCAGUGUUUUCAGUUCCAUUACAAUAGAACCAGGGACUGCCAGUGAAGUCUCUUGCAAAAUCUUCAGCAGUGUGUUACAGCAAGAGAGUGAAUCCAGAAUCAUGAUUGCUGAGAACCAGAAGAAGAAACUAGAAACAGAGUGCGAGGAUCUAAAAGUUGCAAUAGACACUGAGCAAGACACAAGAAGAGCAGAGCUUAGGAGAAUGCAGAGCCAUGCAGGUAAGAGAACUUCCACCAUUAGGCCUCAGGUCCUCAAGGACAUGCAUUGCUUGGUUCAUCAGUCACUGAGUGUUCGGCUUGUUGAGAUGCAGCUGGACUUGUGUGGCAUGGGGCUGCCUCCACCUGCUGUCACCUUAGAUUCUGAGUAUAAACAUCCAGAAAUCAUCAUCAGUGAGGAUAAGAGAAAAGCCAGCCUGAAAGCACCCACCCCAGGGCAACCCGGAGCUGCUGUGGAGACUCUGAUUGUUGUGGGAAAAGAGGGUUAUGCUGCUGGGAAACACUACUGGGAAGUCAGGGUGGGAGAGGGGUUGGACUGGGAGCUGGGGGUGCUGACCCAGGCUGAAAGGGACAAGGCCAAAAAGGCGAGUUUGGUUGGGCCUCUUGGGGAAGGAUGCUGGGCUCUGAGAAGUGUCCAGGGAGAUUUAUUUUCUAGUCAGAGCGAGAAUAAGCUUGAAAAGAAAGAUGUGCCUUAUCAAGUCAUUGGCUUGUUCCUGGAUCGAGAAGCAGGUGACAUCUCAUUUCAUAAUGCUGCAAUAAUCUUCCCUAUCAACUCGAUCCCCAUUCAGUCAACCGAGAAAUUGUACCCAUUUUUAAGUUUGGGCAAGGCUGCAGAAGACUCUCAUGGGCAUUCAUUAGAGAUCAUCCCUAUUGGCAUCCCAAUGCCUGUUAACAAAUGUUAG